CUCGCGACGUUACGUGUCCGCCAUUUUCUUUCACCGGGAGAGAAUAGCCGCGUCUAAAUACAACAGGUGGACAUUUUUGGUCUCUGGAGCUCCUUGAACGCAAAGGUGCUCACGAUGUCGGAAGAUACGGCCACAGAUCAUGUAAACGGGAACGGGACAGAAGAGCCGAUGGACACAACCGCGGCGGACACAACCGCUGUGGCGGCUCACUCUGAACAUUACCAGGCGUUACUGGAGGCGGGUUUACCACAGAGUGUCGCAGAGAAGCUAGAUGAAAUUUAUAUAGCAGGCCUGGUAGCACAUAGCGACCUUGACGAGAGAGCUAUCGAAGCGUUGAAAGAAUUCAAUGAGGAGGGUGCCCUGCAAGUCUUGCUCCAGUUUAAGGAGAGCAAUUUGUCUCAUGUGCAAAACAAAAGUGCCUUCCUCUGUGGAGUGAUGAAGACGUACAGGCAGAGGGAGAAACAAGGGACAAAGGUCACAGAUGCCACCAAAGGACCCGACGAGGCCAAAAUCAAACCCUUGCUGGAGCGAACCGGUUACACACUUGAUGUCACAACAGGACAGCGCAAGUAUGGUGGCCCACCACCCGAGUCAGUGUACUCAGGACCUCAGCCCGCCAUUGGGACAGAGAUAUUUGUCGGGAAGAUUCCCCGUGAUUUGUUUGAAGAUGAGCUCGUCCCCCUCUUUGAGAAGGCAGGGAUCAUCUGGGACCUUCGGCUCAUGAUGGACCCUCUCAGCGGACUGAACAGGGGUUACGCCUUCGUCACUUUCUGUAAUAAAGAGGCUGCCCAAGAGGCGGUCAAGUUGUGUAAUAACCAUGAGAUUCGCCCUGGAAAGCACAUUGGGGUGUGCAUAUCAGUAGCCAAUAACAGACUAUUUGUUGGUUCCAUUCCCAAAAGUAAAACUAAGGAGCAGAUCUUGGAAGAGUUUUCUAAAGUCACGGAGGGCCUCACUGAUGUCAUACUUUACCACCAACCAGAUGACAAGAAGAAGAAUAGAGGUUUCUGCUUUCUGGAGUAUGAGGACCACAAGACGGCUGCCCAGGCACGCCGUCGGCUGAUGAGCGGCAAGGUGAAGGUAUGGGGCAACGUGGUGACCGUGGAGUGGGCUGACCCUAUCGAGGACCCAGAUCCAGAGAUCAUGGCCAAGGUAAAGGUUUUAUUUGUGAGAAACCUGUCUAAUGGUGUGACAGAGGAAAUCCUAGAGAAAGCCUUCGGUGAAUUUGGUAAACUGGAGCGAGUCAAGAAGCUGAAGGACUACGCCUUCGUCCACUUCGAUGACAGAGACGGAGCCGUAAAGGCAAUGGAAGAGAUGAAUGGAAAGGAGCUGGAGGGGGAACACAUUGAAAUCGUUUUUGCCAAGCCUCCUGAUCAGAAACGGAAGGAACGCAAGGCCCAGAGACAAGCAGCGAAGUCAAAUGUGUAUGAGGACUAUUAUUACUACGGCCCCCCGCCCCAUAUGCCCCCUCCUGCCAGAGGGCGGGGCAGAGGUGGAGCCAGGGGCGGCUACUCCUUUCCCCCUGACUACUACGGUUAUGAGGACUACUAUGACUACUACGGUUACGACUACCACAACUACCGCGGAGGCUACGAUGACCCCUACUACGGCUACGAUGACUUCCAGGCCCCUAGCCGAGGGCGGGGGGGCGGUGGCAGGGGCUCCCGGGGAGGGGCCUCUCCAGCCAGGGGUCGAGGAGGCGCAGGGGCCCCCAGGGGCAGGUCCGGCUUCUCCCAGCGGGGCGGUCCCGGGCUGGGACGAGGUGUGCGGGGCUCCCGAGGAGGCGUGCAGCCGAGAGGCCGAGGAGGGGUACGUGGUGCGCGGGGUGGCCGCGGUGGAAAUGUGGGAGGCAAGCGCAAAGCUGACGGUUACAGCCAGCCAGAUUCCAAGCGUCGCCAGACCAAUAAUCAGAACUGGGGCUCUCAACCCAUUGCCCAGCAACCGCUUCAAGCAGGGAAAAGCGGUCGAGGAUGGUCCUGACGGCUCUCUCUGAAGACUGACCGGUGCUCGCACUCUGCAAGCUGCCAGUGGAAGUGGUGGUAAGGUCACCUGACUCAGUGGUCCAAUGGUAUUAUAGCCUUAAAGGAGCAUAUAUCUCCCCAACUGCCACGUUUUGACAAGAAAGUUAUUCAUGAGUUUGUUUCAUUAAGAUUUUUUUCUCACUAAAUGAUCAUCCGACCUCCAUACCUGUGUGUUUCCCCCUUUAAUAGGAAGCCAUUUUUAGACUUGCUAAACCAAAAGUUCCUUGUGAACUUCUUUCUGGAAAUGUCUUUGCACUUUUUUGUCCAGGAUUGGCGUGGCUCUCUGGCACUUGAUGCUAAUGUGUAAUUAGUAUUAUAGGAUUUUUUUGGGGGGGGGGGUCUUUCACUACAGCUUUAUGACUGAAUAGAUGUUGUACUGUUUUUAACUUAUUAUGAGAAUGCUUAGUGUGAGAGGUGUGACCUCCCAGCGCUAGCUGCUGGGUGUUCCAGGACAAGAUAGUUCUUUGAGAACUGUAGUCUACAGAUGGGUUGGUUAACUACCUCAGUAUUGGAGUACUCAGCUGCCCAGUCCUGAAAUGCAUACUAACAAACUGCUGCCCCUGCAUGAACAUGAAGUCAUGCAGGAGCAGUGAUGAAGCUUAGGUGUGUGCACUGUUGGGAGGGGCUUGGGAAACACUGAGAACAUUGGAUAAUCUCUCUGAAAUGAGCCUGAUCGAGCCUUGCUAUCUUCAUACAUGAAAAGUUUGGUGUUUUGUAUCGCAAGUUUGUAUGAUAGUUAAGGGGGGUGGGUAUUUUCUUUUUUUAAGCAAUAUGUGAAAUGCCAGCAAACAGCCACCUCUACAGAGGGACUUUUCCGUUUUUGAACAGGGAAACUCUUGUUUUACAUUUGUCCCUGAUAGGAUGAUGUGUGCUAGCUGUCUCUGUACAAACAGUUCUCCUGGUCUUUUAUUACCCAGAGCUGCCUUUUCGGGUUCUUAUGUAGAUCUGAAGAAGACCAGUUUCCAGGUCCGGAUAAGUUUGGGAAUGUUGUUCCACAAAAAAAAGAAGAAAAAAAAGCGAAAGCAAAUCCAAAAAAAGAAUGGACAAAAACUCAUGUUCAGUGAACAUGGCUAGAUGCUUUGCAGAUUUUGUGAAAUUGUAGUCCUCAUGCCAACCUGCACAUUUAUUGUGAAUGCAAAUAUAUCUAUAGAGUAAUACAUUCUGACUGACAGUUAUAUUGCCCAGCUACUAUUAGCAUACAUCACUGAGCAAAACCAUCACAUCAGGCCCAGACAUUGGGCCCGGGGAGACACGCGGCACUUGGGGAUGGAGAAUAUAUCGUACCCUGGGCAUUGGGACACUCUUGAACCAGGGCCGUGUUGAGCAUGUCAGUAGCAGCAUAUCCGUCACCUGAGCAAGCUGCUGUUAUCCCAUGAAAUAAAGGGAUGUUCAAACUUCUCUUUGUUUUCCUGUGUGGGAAAGAACCAUUGUUUGAGCCUUUGUACUCUUCCUCUCAGUCUUCAUGUAAAAGUAAAUGUCAUUAUUUUGUUUUUAUUUAGUAGCUAACUGCGUGUUUGCAUUCUUGCAAGUUAAAUUGUUUUAUACUGUACAGUAAGGCAAGUGAAACUUAUUUUUCUAAUAAAGAUAUU